CGCGCGCGUCGCCAUCUGGCGAACGAGCUGACAGUCAGUCCUGUCAAAAUGGCGCUCAAGGCACAAGUCGGUCAAAAGAUUAUGAACGAGGUGAUCAAGCAAAAGAAGAAGACAACAGGUGGGGUAGAAUGGCGGAUCUUGGUGGUGGAUCAGCUUGCCAUGAGAAUGGUGUCCGCCUGCUGCAAGAUGCACGAUAUCAGCGCUCAGGGUAUCACCCUGGUGGAGGAUAUCAAUAAGAAGCGCGAACCUCUGCCGACGAUGGAGGCCAUUUACCUCAUCACGCCUUGUAAUCCGUCGGUGCAGAAAUUGAUCGACGACUUUAGUAACCCGACGAGAACCAUGUACAAAGUCGCCCACGUAUACUUCACGGAAGUAUGCCCGGAGGAGCUGUUCAAUGAAAUCUGCAAGUCUCUUGCCGCUAAAAAGAUCAAAACCCUCAAAGAGAUCAACAUCGCAUUCUUGCCGUACGAAUCGCAGGUCUUCUCGUUGGACUCAAGCAAAACUUUCGCUUGCUUUUACGACCCUUCGUUCUUUGACGUGAGGUCAGCCGAUAUGGAACGUAUUGCCGAACAAAUCGCGACACUCUGCGCCACACUUGGAGAAUAUCCGUCAGUUAGAUAUCGCAGUGACUUCGAUCGCAAUGUUGAACUCGCUCAAAUGGUGCAACAGAAGCUAGAUGCGUAUAAGGCUGAUGAACCAACAAUGGGAGAAGGACCUGAGAAAGCUCGCUCUCAGCUAUUGAUUCUAGAUAGAGGAUUUGAUUGCGUCUCACCUUUGUUACACGAACUCACCCUGCAAGCCAUGGCAUAUGACUUGCUUGACAUUGAUAAUGAUGUCUACAAGUUUGAGGCAACAGCAGGUCAAGAAAAAGAAGUAUUAUUAGAUGAAAACGAUGAUUUAUGGGUAGAACUCAGGCAUCAACAUAUCGCCGUAGUGUCUCAGAACGUGACUAAAAAUUUGAAAAAGUUUACAGAAUCAAAAAGAAUGCCGCAGGGUGAUAAGCAAAGUAUGCGAGACCUGUCGCAGAUGAUCAAAAAGAUGCCGCAAUAUCAAAAAGAACUGAGCAAAUAUGCUACGCAUUUACAAUUAGCCGAAGACUGCAUGAAGCGUUAUCAGGGAAAUGUAGAUAAGCUUUGUAAAGUGGAGCAAGACUUGGCCAUGGGUACAGAUGCAGAAGGCGAACGUAUUAAAGAUCAUAUGAAGAAUAUUACACCGAUUUUACUUGAUCAGACUGUGAAUCAUUUGGACAAAUUACGCAUCAUAGCUUUAUAUGUCAUCAGCAAAAACGGCAUCAGCGACGAGAACCUUAACCGUUUGAUUCACCAUGCCCAAAUAUCUAUUGAUGACAAACAGACUAUUGUCAAUAUGGCAAAUCUCGGCAUCAAUGUUGUUGUAGACAGCAGUCGUAAAAAGUUAUAUACGGUACCACGCAAGGAAAGAAUCACAGAGCAAACUUACCAAAUGAGUCGUUGGACACCAGUGAUCAAGGACGUUAUGGAGGAUUCCAUCGAGGAUAAACUUGACUCCAAACAUUUUCCGUUCCUUGCCGGACGUGCUGCCAGUUCGGGAUAUCAUGCCCCAACCAGCGCACGAUAUGGACACUGGCAUAAAGACAAAGGUCAACAGACCAUCAAAAAUGUUCCUCGUUUGAUCGUUUUUAUAGUCGGUGGAGUGUGCUUCUCUGAAAUUCGAUGUGCAUACGAAGUUACAAACGCAUUAAAAAAUUGGGAAGUCAUAAUCGGUGCAUCCCAUAUAAUUACACCGAAGUCAUUCCUGAGCGACUUAAGUAAAUUACACUCCUAAAUGUACAUCUAACAAAGAAGAGAUACCAUUCCUGAAUUCCUUUCCAUCAGUAAUACCAGCUGUGAAGCCAUGAAUAAUCUCGAGUAUGAAAUUAGAGUAUCUAACUAAAAUAACACAAACACAGAGUCAAUUCUUCAAACGUGAGCGUCACAUUUUGGGCAGAAAUAUUAAGCAAGUAUAUCCCGUUGUCAGUUGAAUAACAAUGAAAGUAUUCGUGUAUUAAUCUUCGAGCACGAAGAGUCUUGAUCAGACCGAGUUAUCAAGUGCCUGCGCGAAUACAUAAUUAUCAGAAAUCGUAUGAGAUUUGGCAAUACUAAUAUAGAUUGCACGAAAUUGUAUAAUGUAUAUCGAGCCGUUAGCGAAGCUCUAGAGAUAUAUUCAUGAUCGUUCUCCUUUAUCGGUAAUAAAAGGGAAUUCGAAGAUCUAUGUGCAUCAUAGAGAAGGAACGUGAUAUUCUUGUAUAUUUCUCGUUAUUAGUAUUUUGUAUUAUUUUUUUUCCUCGUUGAAACUCUUACCGUGUUCAAACAUCUUAAAUGUAAAUCGUUUUCGUUUGUCAAGCAUACUACUUUAAAAAAAAAAUUCUAUUGUAAUAGAAACAUGAUAGAAAUAUUGCAUUUCACUCUAUUCUCUUUAACUAUAUUAUCGAUGUAUACAAAAUUAUUUAUUCGAUAUUAUUUCAUAAAUUUAUUAAUUAAUGGUAUUAAAUGUAAAAUAAAAUCGCUAGAUGUAUAGCCCGACGCUUGUUCUUCCUUUGUUAACUUAUUGCUUUAUAGUAUCUAUACUGUCAUCGUUUUACGCACUCUUCAGUUAACCAAUUGCCAAUUCAGAUGCUACUUUUAAUAUAAUGUAAUAAAAUAAGUAUAUAAUAUAUUCACGAUAUAUAUAACGUUCAGCUCUCUGACAAAUUCGAUUAGUGACUACUUCUGUUGAAUGUAACACAGAUACAACAAUUAUAAUAUAACAAUGUAUGUAUGUACGUAACGCAAGAUCUAUGGCAAUCGUUGUUUUUUUGCGAUUGGUAAAGAAGCGAUUAGAAGCUUGCGCUUGUCGAUGAAUAAUUAAUAAUUAUUAAUGUAAUGUCAAUAAAUGUUGCGAUCUACUAGUGGAGAGAUUAUUACAAAGUUAAACGAUAUUUAUAAAGUAUAUCCUGUUAUAUAUAUAUGUAUGUAGAUUAUAGUCUGAGCAGUUCUAUUAUACUUAUAAAAAAGGCCUACGAUACGCUCUAUUCUUGAGUCUUUUAAUUAUCACUAUGCCACAUCUAUGCCAAUUGAACACAGAAUUAUAUAACAUAGAAUAACAAUAAACACGAAGAAAAAAAA